UUCGUUUGUCUAUACCGAAAAGUGUUUUUAUGGACGAGCCAGAGAUAGUGGCUCCUUAUUGCAAAAUGCAAUCCAAAUGAAAACCAAGGUCAUUACAGUUAACAGGAUGCUCAUGACGUGGCAAAUUUCUCCUAUUAUCUGAGUUCGUCUUCAACUAGUAAAAUGACUGCUCAAAACUUGAUUUCCAUCAUACUUUUUCAUGUGAAAAUUUGGCUUGGAACAGGAUGGAUUCCGAUGGAAUCAUCCAAACUACAUCAAACAUUGCCUUAUUUUCUCUACUGUUUAAUUUUUUAAGUAGAAAACCAAGCAAAUCUGAAACAUGAAAAUGUGGUCAGGUUAUUCUCCUUUAUCCAGGGUAAACAUCCACAGGGAGUUUUAAGGCGCUAGGUAGUUUAGUUCUCCGUUAAAAAAAUAAAACAUGAGAGAAAAUUAGGCAACAAUGCGGUUAGGCUGAUCAUCGUAAAGAUCUAGGAACAAGGAAUGAGGUUCAGUUCUGUCAAUUGGACUUCAUUAAGUACCUGGAGCUAUCUAUCAGCAUUCAGACGCUGGAGGAUCAUCAUAUCAUUACGCAGUAGUGGCCUAAGUACCUAUGCAACUGAACUUCUCAAUGUGAAUAAAUCUCCCCUGCCUAGUAACGUUCAACGAAUCAUGCUGUCCAUUUUCUGCUUACUGGGGCAACUAUUUUGAAAAGCACAAAAAAUAGGAACCAGGAGCACUCGAUUCAGAUUUCCGUUCCAGAAAUGUUUACGGAAUGCUGAACAUGAUUACAACCUGCAAAAACAGCAUGGGUGAAAAAGAGAGGAAGUUUUCAUCACUUACAAAGACAAUGCAUUUUCUUUCUAAUGUCAUUUUGAAAGUCCAUUUGUGUUUUCUUACAUGUGGUGGUUACCAUGGCAACUUAUCCCUUCUCUCAAGUCAACACAAAACAAAUAUGAAAUACCCUGCCACACAUUAGGUUAGAGUGGCUUUGGACCCUGAAUUCCAUUCCCUUGGGACUCCAACCGAUUUUUUUUUUUUUUUUUUAUCCUGCCAUACAGAAUUUACUCUGCAAACUCUGCGUAUUUAAUUCAUAAAUUUGACAUUGACUGAUUUUUGUAAAUGAAUUUUACAACUGAAAUUCUUGAUUGUCAACUGCACCAUGUCGUAUCGAGAAGUAAGAGACUUUACAGAAAUGAUGCGUGUCUUGGGGUAUCCACGUUUAAUUUCCAUAGAAAAUUUCCAGAACCCCAAUUUCUGUCUUGUUGCGGAAAUUCUAGUGUGGCUCGUCUAUAGAUUUGAUCCAGUCGCCAGUAUCUCUACAGACUAUGACACCGAGGAGCAACGAGUUGCCUUGGUACGGAGUAUUGCUGAAUUCAUGGCCGUUAAAGCAGGAAUUAAACUAAAUACAAAACGAUUGUACCAAGCAGAUGGUCAUGCCGUAAAAGAACUCCUGAAAAUAACAAGCCUUAUCUACAAAGCACUGAAGAAUAGUAGCACAAAGAACACCGAUAGUGUCAAAUCAUCCAGCAGGGUUCCUUUAACGGGUAAUUUUCAGGAUCUGAAAACAGUCCGAGAACUUUCCUCAAGGAUAGCUAUUGACGGUGCCUCUCUUUAUGAGUUACUUGGACAGGAACUAGAAUUACGAGAAGCUAGGUACACAAAGGUAAACAUGCCGCUAGACAUAUCAAGUAUUGAAAGUGGUCUGAAGCAGUCAAUAAAAAAUUUGAAUAAUACUGUCACGCAGACAAAGCAGAUGAUUGAGAACAUAGCCACAACUGAAGCAAGUUUAGAUGUGAAAAUAGAGAAGCGACAGGUAGAUUUAGAACGCAACAAAAAAAGACUGGAGUCCUUAAAAAAAGUUAGACCAUCAUUUUUGGAAGAGUACGAAAAACUUGAGAAGGAUUUUAAAGAACUGUAUGAAGCUUAUGUUGUGAGAUACAGAUGUGUAGCUUAUUUAGAGCAACAACUUGAAGAAUUUGAGCAGGCAACACAAUCUAGGAUUGAUGCUAAACAUGAGGAAACAAGAAAACUGGUUGAAAAAAUGCGUCAAGAAGCAGCUGCAAAACUUUUUGAUGGAACAAUCGAAGAUGAAGGGCAGGCCGCUAAUGGAGCACAAACUGCUGGCACAGGUUCCAGAAUGGUCGGUGGAAAACGAAGAGUAUUUGGAAGCAUGACGGGCGGAGGUGAUGACUUAGGCAGUUCUGAUUCUGACUCUGAUUUGUUUUUUGAUGAUGAUGAUGACAAUGACGAUGAUGAUGAUGAAGACGAUGAUGAUGAUGACGAUGAUGAAGAUGAUGAUGAUGGCAGACAUGAUGAGGAUCAUGACAAGAAUGGAGACAGAGGAGACGGAGAUUACUAGUCAGAUGAUCCUGGAAUUUUCUAUAAUUGUUGUUAGUCUGAUAAAGGGUAGCCCAUGGCUGAAACAUUUUCUUUUAGUCAUGAUUGCUUCGUCAUUAAAGAUUUCGAACUAAGA